AUGUCACGGUCUCAACCUACGCCUGCGGAAAGUUUGAGGAUAACAAUAGCUCUCGCUGCUCUCCGAUUCAAACCACCGGAACAGCCUUACCAUGCAUAUGUUCUUGACCUGCGCACCAAGUUUCCAGAAGACCAGUUGCGCUCGUCUGAACAAGACAUAUGGCGAGAACGCGCUCUGCAGCUUGAGGAAAGCCUAAAAGAAUUGCAGAUCAAGUAUGACUGUGAGCAUAUUGAACUAGUCUCUCUCCGUGAAGCCCAGCCCCGACAAUCAUCAGAAGCGCCUGUAGAACCACCAGCAUCAGCUGGGAACAAGAAGAAGCAGAAAAAGAAGGUGCCUGCGCACGUAUCUCCGGUGUCAUCGCUGAAAGCAAAGCCGUUGAAAUUUACCUUACAAACGGUACUGAAUGGUGCUGGCAAUGCUGUUAGUGUACCUCCUGGUCCUUCGACAAAAAGCUUGCUGUCGGCUUUGGAAACACUGGACCUAUGGUUAGCGGUACAUGCUGCUAACAAAGCUGUGCUUCCCGCUGCAUCUCUCACAGCGAUGGUGGCUCGCGCUAUCGACGCUCUGGGCGCACUUUUCGUCUCUGUUGUCCCUCCAAAUCACAUAAUCUCCUCGUCUGUCGGCAGCCUUGAAGCUUUGACAACACUCGUUCCUCGCCUACUCACAGCUGUCUUGCCCCUGCCGGACAGAGGCGGCCGCAAACAGAAGACUAAAUCAUCAGAGAACCUUGCUGUACUUGAUGAUGUUCUUGGGCGGUUGACUACUGCGAUCUUGGUUCCUCUCGUUCGUUCCUUUGCUCCCCUGUCUAGGUUCCAUCUGUCCACCUUACUGUCGCCGGAGAGAAACAAGCAGAAGCGUUCCCAAGCACACAAUCGGCAUGAAGUGAUUGAUAUUCGCGCAGAGACCCUUGCUCUUCUGAAGGCCACGAUAAUCACAUUGGACGAGCUCAUGACCACUACAAUGCUGUCCGCGCCCAGCAUCCACAAUCUCAAGCACCUCCUCGUCCUGGAAGCACUCCGCGAGCUACAGAGCCUGUACCCGGAGUCGUAUGCCAGUCCUGACGGCGUUCAAGGUGCAGCAAGCACAGCUUGGGCCCGCCCUCGUCUCACAGAGCGCAUCGAGAGGCUGAUCAGAAAGGACACCCUGUGGUAUCUAUGCAACGUCCUGCACCUCAUGUUCGCCACCACGCCUCAUAUUCGAUCACCCGCGCCUGUGGAUCUCCCGGACGAGUCGGACGGAUCGCAUGGGCUUCUGGAAGAAGCCGUAUACGCGGGCUUGUCGGCCUUGCUGCGGGGCACACGUCCGCAGGCGCAGCGCCCCGAUGCGGAGGAGGGUGACCGUGGGCCUGCUGCUUCAGACGGGAGCGCGAAGGCCCCCUGGCGCGGCUCGGUGAUGGGCGAGGUCGAGCGUGGGAUGUUGCUCGCAGUUGUGGAGCGCGUCUGGCUGGCGAUGUGA